AUGUAUGCAGCGCAUGAAAACAAUGCCAAAGUAGAGUGUGCCAUAUACUACCUUAGCAAAAAGAUGAUGGACUAUGAAACAAGGUACACUCCUUUGGAGAAAACCUACUGGGGGCUAGUAUGGGCCACAAAGAAACUAAGGCACUACCUAUUAGCGCAUCCAGUAGUCCUGGUUUCUCAGUUUGACCUUAAGUACGUGACAAGGAAAUCAGUGAAAGGAAGGGCUGUAGCAGAAUUCUUGGCAGAUCAUCCUGUGACAGAGGCCGAGGCAGAAGACUUCAUGUUCUCAAACAAAGACAUCUUAUUUCUCCUAGACGACACCUGGCAGCUUUAUUUCAAUGGAGCAUUUAACCAAUGUGGAUAUGGCAUAGUGGUAUUGCUAGUUUCCCUAAAUGACUCUCAUAUUCCUCUGUCAUAUAAAUUGAGGUUUAAAGUCACCAACAACCAAGUUGAGUACAAAGCCUGCAUAGCUGGAAUGGAGGCAGCCGAAGAACUAGGGGCAAAAGGGGUAGAAAUCAUUGGAGAUUCGAACCUAGUGGUGUCCCAAGCAAGAGGAGACUGGAAGCAACAUUGGCCUCUAUGGCCGCUAACAAUCGAGCAAAAGGUCAAGCCAGCAUGUGAGUGCACUUUCACUGAGGAAGGUGAGGAUGAUGGAAAACCAUGGUAUGAGGAUGUGAAUAAAUUCUUGGAAAAUGGAGAGUAUUCCUCCAAAGCUACCUCAAAGGAUAAGAUGGCUCUACGAAAGUUCGCCGCCCGAUUCGUAGUUCGUGGUGGAGCACUAUAUUGA